UCUCCAUUUCCAUUUCUCUUUCCCAAACCCUUUUUUUUUUCUCUCUCUCUCUCUCUCUCUCUCCUCUGCUGCCGAUACUGCUCCCCAUCUCAUUGCCCCUUCAGUUUCCUCCGCUUCCAGAUAAUUCUUAUCCUUCCUGCUCGCUCACGCACCAAAUCUCCGUCACGGGACCGCUCCGCCGAGGAAGAAAAUCUCCCAAUUAAGUCCAUACCUAGGUUUUUUUAUUUCGAUUUAUUCGAAGAAAAAAGCAAUUCUCCGAUUGAGCAGCUUCUGGUAAUUUUUGUACCUGGGUUUUGGGGGUUUGUUGAUUUUCCAGUUCUUUGUGGGGUUGGGAGAUGAGAGAUCUGAGCUGGGGUUGAGUGUUCGAAGAAAUGUCUGCUUCCGAGGUUUCGAUCAAGGGUUACAAUGAUGCCAACGACUGCAAUUCCGCAACGGAAAAGGCGAAUUCCGCCUCGGGGACAGUCGACGCCGGGACGGCGCUCUACACCGAGCUAUGGAAGGCCUGCGCUGGUCCGUUGGUGACGGUGCCUCGCGAAAACGAACUCGUUUUCUAUUUCCCUCAGGGUCAUAUAGAACAGGUGGAGGCGUCUACCAACCAAAGUUCGGACCAACAAAUGCCUCUGUAUAAUCUUCCUCCCAAGAUUCUUUGCAGAGUGGUGUAUGUCAAUUUGAAGGCCGAGCCCGACACGGAUGAGGUCUAUGCGCAGAUUACUUUGAUGCCUGAACCUAAACAAGACGAGAACGCAGUGAAGAAGGAGCCUCUUCCGGUGACGCCACCUCGAUUUCAUGUCCAUUCUUUUUGUAAGACUCUUACUGCAUCGGACACUAGCACUCAUGGUGGUUUCUCUGUGCUGAGACGCCAUGCCGAUGAAUGUCUGCCCCCACUGGAUAUGUCGAAGCAACCUCCCACUCAGGAGCUAGUGGCCAAAGAUUUACAUGGGAACGAGUGGCGAUUCAGACACAUAUUUCGUGGUCAACCGCGGCGACACCUCCUUCAGAGUGGUUGGAGUGUCUUUGUUAGUUCUAAGAGGCUCGUUGCCGGAGAUGCCUUUAUUUUCUUAAGAGGGGAGAACGGGGAGUUGCGCGUCGGCGUUAGGCGAGCCAUGAGGCAACAGAGCAAUGCUCCGUCGUCGGUCAUAUCUAGCCACAGCAUGCAUCUCGGUGUUCUGGCGACGGCGUGGCAUGCCAUUCAGACGAAAACCAUGUUCACAGUAUAUUACAAGCCUAGAACGAGCCCUUCCGAGUUCAUUGUCCCUUACGAUCAAUACAUGGAGUCUGUUAAAAACAAUUAUUCGAUUGGAAUGCGAUUUAAAAUGAGAUUUGAAGGCGAAGAAGCUCCAGAGCAGAGGUUUACUGGUACCAUUGUGGGUAUUGAAGAUGCCGAUCCAAAAAGGUGGACUGAUUCAAAAUGGAGAUGCCUUAAGGUGCGAUGGGACGAAACUUCUGCAAUUCCUCGACCCGAGAGAGUUUCUCCGUGGAAAAUCGAGCCGGCAGUUUCUCCAGCAGCCCUGAAUCCUAUUCCAGUAGCCCGACAAAAGAGGCCUCGAUCAAAUGUCCUUCCCUCAUCCUCUGAAUCAUCUGUCCUAACUAGGGAAGGUCCAUCUCGGAUUGUUGUAGACCCUUCACUACCCAGUGGGUUUCCGAGGGUCUUGCAAGGUCAAGAAACACAGACCUUGAGAGCUACUUUCGGGGAGAACGAAUCAGAGUCAUCCGAGAAGGCUGAUGCUACUGCUGCUUCAAGAAGACACGGGUCCGAAAGAUGGUUGCCGAUUGGAAGGCCGGAGCAAUCUUUCACAGAUCUGUUGUCGGGUUUCGGGUCGCAUCGCGAUUUGGGUAAACCUAUCGGCGAUAAUUCAGCUUCCAAGAGACAGCUGCAAGCAAACGACGUAAAAUAUAACAGCUUAAAUGGCAGCCCGUGGUCGUCGGUACUGUGCUCCGGCCUCUCGCUUAACCUGAUGGAUUCCGGCAUGAGUUCUCACGGGCAAGGAACCGAUGCUUGCCGUGUCGGCGGCGAUGCAGGCUACAGCGCCUUUCGGGAGUUUUCGUUGGUUCCGUAUGCUAGAGGAGACAAUCAGCAGCAAACAAAUUGGUUGAUGCCGCCUCCUGUGUCGCCGUACGCUCAAGUUACGCCGCAGUCUCGAGAAGUGUUGCCGUCGAAGCCCGUGUUUGCGCAACCGCAAGAUGCUGCGAAAUCGAAAGAUGGAAAUUGCAAGCUUUUCGGUAUUCCCCUUAGAAAUAAUUCGGCGUCAUUCGAGCCGGCCUUGUCGAACAAAACUGUAGCAGCGGCCGAGCCAACGUGCCAAUUGCCGAUUGUGGAGUCUGACGACAAAUCCGAACAAUCGAAGGGUUCGAAAGGGAAUAAUCCCGUUGCACCUCGGGAGCAGGAGAAGCUGUUUAAUAGUAACUUUUCUCCGGUAUCUAGAGACAAAGAAACGAAAGUCCAUUCUUCUUCGACGAGGAGCUGCACCAAGGUUCAUAAGCAGGGGUCUGCCCUGGGUCGGUCUGUGGACCUAUCAAAGUUCAACAACUACGACGAACUGAUUGCUGAGCUGGACAAUCUCUUCGAAUUCAACGGCGAACUCAAGGCGCGGAGCAAGAAUUGGCUUGUUGUGUAUACGGACGACGAGGACGAUAUGAUGCUCGUUGGAGAUGAUCCGUGGGAGGAAUUUGUCUGCAUGGUGCGCAAGAUUUUGAUCUUGACGAAGGAAGAAGCCCAGCGGAUGAAUCCGGGCAGCUUCAACUCGAAAGGCGAAGACACCUCGUCUGUUGCAGAAAGCCUCGACACUAAAGAAGUGAAGAAUUUGCCGACAACGUCGUCCAGCCCAGACGAUGUCUAACCUCUUACUGGCGAGGAUUGGACCCGACCGGACUGUAGUAAGUACAACAUCCAUCAAUGGGGACGACGUUAAAUAAGAGGUAUGUGUAGAAAGGCAGGCCCGUGAAGUUGUUGACACCGACUAUUCUAUAUGUAGAUGCAGUUUUAGUAUAGAAUCUCGAUGCCCUGUCCGACUUGACUGGACUUGCGUUGCCGUGUUUGUCGAUGAUGGAUACAUCUCUGUGUCUUUCUUUUUAUAUUGAGAUAUGAUAUGAAUGAAUUGUUUGUAAAUAGGUCCUUCAGUCCUAUACAGUUGAGUAAUGGUGUUUUGGUGUAGUGAUUAUAUAUUUGAAUUGUCUUGUAGUAUUGCACAAGAUUGCUAUUUGGAGAUUUGUUAAAAUGGUUGAUUGGGAGAUUUAAAUAUAUAUAUUUAUCAAGUA